AUGGGAAAAACUAGAUCAACUUUGAUUAUGCUUAUUUUCUUGCAAUGUCACUGCGUCUCAGGAUGGGUUCUGUGGAAUAUCAAUCUUGCUGCAGACUCAGCAUUAUUAGCUUCUGUUGCGAAAAUGAAUGAAAGAUCUCUUACCUACAACUUGUACAGGGCAACGUACAAGGCUGUUAGUCAGAUUAAGCUAGUGGACUUUAAUACUUACGACCUUACCCUCAACUUUGGUGUAAGGGAGACCAUGUGUCUUAAACCUCUGGCGGUAGCCCCAGACAGAUGUCAGUUCAAGUGGAGCCUGUACAUGCCUGAACACAAGUGUAGGAGUUACGUCCGUGUUUCUGGUGGUUUUAUUUCCCUGAGGGGGGUGAGCUGCAGUGUGCAUCCAGUAAGCUCCAGCAGUGAGGAAGAUAUUCUCGUAGUAAGAGACACAGACUAA